AUGGCGAAUCCUGUGGCUGUGGAGGCGGUGCUGAGGGCAGCGGAGGAGGAGCGAAACAUGGUAGAGGCUCUUCAUCCUCUUCAUCCUUCAUGCCGAGCAGCUGUCAUGCAGAUGUUGAGGUGUGAACUUGGUGACGAGAGGACGAGCCUUGGCUCCAUGCACAACCUCACCAGAGUUAGCUGGCUGGCAAUCAUGCAGUCAGAACUGCCAUGGCCGAGAGGAGCGGUGCGGCUGCUCCUCGAUACUGGAAACUCGUCUUCAUGUGCCAUGCUCUUCCAUGCUGUCGCAGACAUGAGCGUCCUCGAGCAGCACAGGAGUGGAGUCAGGUCUGAGUCUGUUUCUAGGACUCUAGCAGAAUGUAUGCUUGUUUGCGAGGAGUUUGCGAGCGAUGAGGAGCGCGGAGAAGGGAGGGAGGAAGGGACAGCAGGAAACCGUCCAACAACAGCUCGCGGGUCGCAAGAUAGAGGGGGCAGGUCGAGAAUGAGAGCAGAAGAAGGAGGAGCAGUGAUGCGGUUGAUGGUUGGGGCUUUGAUCCGCCAUGUUGAGUUGAAUGAGGAGGACGGGAGGAAUGAGCGAGUCUUCGGCAUUCUCAGAGAUGCUGUGAGAAUGUUUCGUCAAGAUCUCAAGUCCCAUACGCUGCAAGGGAAGGACGCGCUCUUCCCGGAACCUGUUCAGAAACUCCUUGCUCUGCUCCGCGGGAGACAAUGCUGUGAUGUGAGCGAUGAGUUUGCGACGAGAGACGUGCAAGCGUGCAGGAAUCUGCUGCAGAGAUACCUGGCGCCUCUGAGAGAUGGCGAAAAGUCGCUGCCAUGGCUAUUUGAUGCGGGAUGGGAGAGUCUACAAGAAUUGUUCGUGUUCUUGCGGAGGUACUUUGACGAUGAUCUUCAAGGUUGCAAUCUGUUCCGAUCUCCAGCUGGGAAUCAGGAUCUGCGGUUCUCUGGCAAUGACAGUCCUCGUGAGAUGCUCGGGCGCAUCCUCGGAGUUCAGAUCAGCGUUGUGAAGGCUGUUUCCUACAAAGUCAGCCAUUUCUGGCACGAAAUUCUGCUGCCAAGGGAUGUUUUCUGUGUCCUUCAUCACAAUUACAAUCCGAGCCGCCGUGAUACCUCAGCUGUAUCAACGAGAGACUUUGAAACUUGUAGAUCAGUGUGCGAUGGACAUUUUCAGGUUUUCUUCUCCAAGGACUUGAGUUUCCCUGCCCUGGUACAACGCGCUAUCUGCAUAUUGUGCUUGUACAGCUUCUUGGGAAGACGAGGAGGAGGGGGGCGGGAAGUAGGAGGAGAGGUGAGGAGGAGAGAGGAGGGGGUUGAGCUAGACGAGACAAGCUUUUUGAGCUUGGUCGAAUGGAUUGCCGAAGAAGCCUCGCACAACUUGAAACAACAAUUCUGCUUGUGGUACCUAUCGUUGCAGAUAAUGACGAGGUUAUCGAUAUUGUCGUUGGGAGGAGGAGGAUCAGGAGGAGGUGGAGGAGGCGCUUCUUCCAUCACCUUCAGCUCCCUCCUCUCAUGUCUCAGUUUCAAGCAUGCGAGGCCAGAUGCCCCGGUCAUGGGCGUGCAGCUCCACCCGAGCCUUCGCGACGAGGCACAGGAGCUUCACAUUCCGCAACUCUCUGCCAUCCUCCUCCUUCGCCUCCUCACCGACUUCAGAUGCGUGCAGGAUCUGCUGAGAAGACGGAGGAUGCCUGGCAGAGGUGACCGGGAGGAUGUAGCGAGGGCGUUUGCGGGAAAGGAGGAGGAUAGAGCUUGUCGCCUGAUGUGGGGGCUGGUUCUCAGCAGCAAGAAGUUGGCGAGAGUGGUGAAGGAGGAGGAGAUGAAGGUACGAGUGGAUUAUGCGACUUGCCUGCUGUUCGAGUUGCGAUCGAGGUUGUUCGAGGGGGAAGACUUCAUGGCUGAGACGUUUGUGAAGUUUCACGACGACAGGUCGGAAGGGACGAUGAGAAGGACGGCGAGGAUAGAUGACGACGACGUCAUGUUUCUCGCCCGACAAUGUCCAAUGAUGAUUGUGCACCUGAUCGCUGAUCGCUCGGCUGGUCAGCAGCGUGAAGUGAUCUUCAAGUUUUGUGAAGCUCUGGAUGGGGAGGAGAACAGGGUUGAGGACGGAGACAGGAUGGAGGAGGAGCAGGAGGAGCGAAGGAGGGGAUCGUUGCUUUCCUUGUAUUCUCAGGUUGACGAUGGACGGCGAUCAUCGAGAUGGCUGUGCCUUCUUGUCAAACUCUGCGAGAGGCUGCACCGGGAUGAUGGAGGGACGGUGAGGACGCGGCAGGUGCGAGAGGCGGAGGACUUGUUUGAACUCGAGCUCGUGGGCGAAGACUUGUUGCUGGACGAUGAAGUGGAUAGGAAGUCGCAGCAGAUCGAGAAGAACAUCAAGGCAUGUCGACUUCAACUUGUCCUGUGGUUGUUCGACAGGAUUCUCUUCUGGCGAUCUUCCCUGCGCCAUGCCAAUCCAGAUACCUCCUCCUCCCCCUCCUCCUCCUCCUCCUCCUGCUUCUCCUCUCCUGACAGGCUCGCGAUGAUGCAGCGGGCUUGCGAGGAGUUGAUGAGAAGAAAGGCGAUCAUCGCUCGCGCGUCUCCUGCUGUUGCUUCUCUGCUCGCAAAUUUCCAGGAAGAUCUGAUGCUUGCUCGGCAGAACAUGAGGUGGACAAGUGAGAAGAGGAACAAAAGGCGCAGAGAGGAGGAGGAAGAGGAUGGCAGAUGGGAGGAGCUGAUGGAGGACGACGUCGGGGAGGAGAAGCUGAGGAGCAAUGGGAACGCAACGGAGGAGUCAUCAGCAAGCAAGUGCAUCGUGCGGUGCCAUGUUGCAAGUGGGAGAAGCUCGUGGAUGAACCUUCGAGGCGACGUGGAGCGAGUCUGCAGCAAGAGGAGCAGGACAGGGAGAGGGCUGCUGCAGGAGAUUCUCGUGACAGAGUGUGCAGAUCGUAACGUCUGGGAAGUUACGGAGAAGUUGAUGCUGAUGAAGGACGUUGACGACGAUGUUGUUUGUGACGUAAUUUGUGAAUCCUUGAAAGCUCCUCGGAUGGGCCGGAGCGUCGGGGCUGAGCAGGUGGCCUUGUUGGUCUUCCUCUUGACGAGGGGAGGAGAGAGGGAGGUCAAGGAAGUUUGGAGUCGUUUCGAGGGCUCGUGUAUGCAUGACGAUGCGAGGCGUUGGAUCAGAUUGUUGAGGGGGUUGGUCGGUGAAGGCAUGAAGUUGAAAGAUUUGCGGACUGAGGGCUUCUGGAGUAGACUUUUCAAUCUCUGCGAACAGUCAGGAGCGGAUUUGACGUUUUCUCCUGCUCUCUCACAGACUCUCAUCAGAGAAGUUGUUGUAAGGGAUGACAAACUCUGUCUUGACCUCUACAACGACGAUCGUCGAUAUCUCCAUCAUCUCAUCAGAGCAGUUGAGGCCUCGCCUCAGCACUUUGCCGUCUACUGGAGCUCAACGCUAUCCUUCGAGGAGGGCGAGGAGGGGGAGCACGAUUCGGGAAGGAUGAAUGCUGUCGUUACCUUCCUGCUCAUUGUACAUUCUCUCAAGACAAACAAGAUGCAGCAUGUUGGGCAAUUCCUUCGCAUCAUGGUUGAAACGCUGCAUGCAAGAGGCUCCAUCAUCAGGUUGUGCAGGUGCAGCGAUGAGGGAGUGCUCGAGGAGGAGACGAUGGAGUUUCGUGCGGUCAUGGACGAGAUCGAUCUGCACGCCUUUCUUGACCGCGGCGUUGAGUUUGGCGAUGACAUGGACAACUCCUCCUCCUUCUCAUUCUCGGUUCGAUGGUACGCUCUCUUGUCUCGUUCCUCCUUGUCUUAUCCCGUUCCUCUCGAUCUCCGUCGUCGUCGCCAUCAGAUUCGGGUCAAAGCUCUUCAUGCCGCCUCCAACAUGGAGCUCAACACCAAGAUUUACGUGCAGCUCGCUAAGGAUGCGCUGGAGACGGUGCGGAGCUUGCAGACGGAGGAGGAGAUGGAGGUGUUGUUGAGACUCGUAGCGAGCGCGGGCAGGGCAGCGCUGCAGCAAGGGAGCCUGUCGGCCAAGAUGUGGAAGGAAUGGAUGAGGAAGAUGAGAAGAAAAGUGGUUUGUAUCCUUGCCGGAUAUCUCAGGAAGUCCGGCAAGCAGGAGCAGGAAGCGACUCUCAGUUGGCCGUGCGUCAGAAGAUGCCUCGUAGUUCUUGCCGCCUGCUCCUGCUCUUCCGACGGACACGAUGAGCGAGGAGCAGCGGAGGAGGAGGAAGGAGAGGAGGAGCAGGAGGUGGAAGAGAGUAUGGCAGUUCUGGCGACACAAGUCAUCACGAUGGGGAUGAAGAAGUUAGCGAGGAGCGACGAUCAGGACUGUUGGAGGGCCAUCGCUGGAGCUGCUGACCUGCUCGUCGAGGACGUGAAGCAGCAGGAUGAGACGACCGUGCGUAUGGUUCUUGCAAGGCUGCUGGGGUUUAGCUCGAGCUGGCUACUCUCGUUACAGGAGACAGCAGACCAGAGGCGGCAGGAGGAGGAGCAGCGCAAGAGCACGAGUAACACAGCGAGCUUGUGGCAUCUGCUCGAAGCCUCCGUCCUCAAAAUCUGCGCGUCCAGGGCCAGUCUCGCCCGUGCGGGAGCAUCCGAGGUCAGGAAGCAGCUGGAAGAGUGCUUGGAGCUUGAGGUCCACAGCUUCGCCCUGCUAGCGCGUCUCCUCUCCGCCAUCGAGCAGAUAGAGAGCAAGUGA